AUGAAUCUAAGUUAUGAUGUAUGUGGGGAUUGUGAAACUCCUGAUCCUCAAUGGGUCUCUGUCAACAAAGGCGUUCUUCUCUGCAAUGAGUGCUCUUCUAUUCAUCGUCAACUUGGCCGUCACAUCAGCCAAGUAGCUUCAUUUUUUAUAAUAAAUAUUUUCAAGGUUAAGCACCUAAAAAAAUCUCGAUGGAGGCCUACUCAAUUGGCGAUGGUUCAUCAUUUAGCAGCAGCUGGCGCCAAUCGCUUUUGGGAACACAUGCUAUUUGAGCCUAUGCUGACUGGGCAAAAUGCUGCGAAAAUUGAGAUUAAGCGCCCGGAGAGGAAACCAAAACCUGAUGAUCCAAUGCAUCCAAAUAAAGCUGAUUUUAUUCGAGAAAAAUACAUGUUUCUUGGGUUCUUCAAGAAGCCUAGACAUCUUAAUAUUGAAAAUCUUAGUCACCAGCUGCACGCUUGUGUCAGAACAGGUGUUCUACAAACUAGUCUUUAUCUUCUCGCUUUGGGUGCAAAUCCAAAUUUUAUGCAUACUUCAAAGGGGACUUCUCCUAUGCAUGUUGCCUGUCAAUAUGGCCAAGUAGGUCAGCUUGAGCUGCUCAUUGCUUAUGGUGGUGAUGUGUGUAUACGCGAUACUUUUGGUCUUACUCCGAUUGAUAUUUUGUCUCUAUUUAUCUGA